AAAUGUGUUUAAGAUAAAGGCAAAGGAUAAACUGAUGAUGUUUACCCUCUCUCUACGAUUGCGAAUAGAUACUGCCAAUAUAAUAGUUAUGGAGAAUAGAUACACCAACCCAAAGAAGAGAAAACAGAAUAGAGAUGACCAAGAGGAGCUUAAUGCACAGGUUUUCAAGAAGGCUCUGAUCACGCCUGCCGCCACAAAUGGUGUGUCAACGCUUGGUAGUAGUCUUAUAGGGGGAGAGGCAGCCUUUGAGGCCCUUGGAAUGCUGGGUGGCAAGAUAAACUCAGAUAAUGAGAAUAGCGAUUCCUCUGAGGACGAAAACCCCCCUCGGAAGAAGCCUUCAAAUGUAUCUAUAGGAGGAAGCAAGGGCUAUUUGACAUCAACGUCAACAUCGUCUGUCCCUGCGACAACGUCAGCCUCUAAGGCAAUGGAGGAUGCCAACGCGGCCGUCGUCGCAACUGUGGCCAAUAUCCUUUCCAAAGCAAGUGCCCAACCUUCCAUCGACAAUAAUCAACAGAACUCUGGAUCGUCCGAUCAACAACAACCCAUUGCAAUUCAAUCAGACGCUGGCCAAUAAGAAAGGAAGGAAAGAAAAGAAGAAAGAUAAAAAAGAUAAAGGGAAGAAGAAAUCCAAAGAUAAAGAUAAGGACAGGGAAUCGAGAGAACAUAGAAAUCACAAAGAAAAUAUAGAUACAAUAGCAGCUGACGCUGAUGCUGAUGCUGCAGUCGCAGUUGCAACAACAGAAGUAACGACUGGAACAACCGCUGUAGCGCCAGUGGCAGCGUCUGUAGGAGAGGCAAGCAGUAGUCGUAGCGUCAAAAAGAAAGCCUUGAGUUUGGAGGAGCAGCUAGAUGCAGACCUGUCGCGUAUCUCAGAUAAUCCGUUACACACCAAGUGGAUGAUGGCAGGAGAGCUGAAAGAGAAAGGGUUGACUUAUAAAAUGGGUACUUUUAACAGCAAUGAGGAUCAAAUCAUCCGAGACACUAUUCGCGAGUACUUUGCGCGUCAUAACUUGGACGAAGGGGCCAUGACUCGUUGGUUUCAGAAUAACAGUGGCAAAGGACGAGAGGAAAAGAAUGAGUUGAAACUCCUCUGGGUUGAGAUUGCUGCGCGUUUGGAGACUCGUCCAUUGCUUAAUGUUUACUUGCAUAUUCGCCGUAUGUACCAUCCCCAAAAUAAUGUUGGAUUAUGGACCAAAGCCGACGACGCCAAACUUAUUGAACUCUACACAAAGCACAAAGGUCAGUGGACCAAGAUUGGUUCGGAACUUGGACGCAUGGCCGAUAGCUGUCGAGAUCGCUAUAGAAACCAUUUGAAGGAUCAGGACACCAUGGUUUCAGGACCCUGGGCUGCACAUGAGGACGAGAGGCUACUGGACAUCAUGCAAGACCUUGCAGAAAAACAAGGCAAGGCUACUGUCUUGGAAUCAAGCCAUUUAUGGACGAGCGAGACAACAGAUGAUGCUUGAUUAUUUAAAAUGGAUCCAGGAACAGGAUAUUCGAGAUCACCUGGAUAUCAAAUGGGGCGAUAUUAGGAAGGAAUUCAAGACUCGUUGGCAGGAGGAUCAUAAAGUCGAACUAGAUAAAGUCGCUAGGGCUCAGCAUGACCUACAACUCCAAGCACAACGACACCUUCAGGAUGGCGAUAAUAUCUCUCCAGCUGCGACGGCCGCUGCUGCUGCUAUGACAAAGGCAGCCGCGGAAGCUCAAACUGAAUCCAUGAAGAUUCUUCACGUCCUGAGUACUCCAA